AUGGCGUCCUCCUCCGAUGAGCAGCCCAAGCCGCCCGAGCCUCCCGCGGCCGCCGUGGCUGUGGCCACCGCCGCGCCGCAGUCCCACGCAGAGUGGGCCGCCUCGAUGCAGGCGUUCUACGCCUCCGGGGGGCAUCCCUACGCCGCCUGGCCCGCGCAGCACCUGAUGGCGGCGGCGGCGGCCUCAGGGACAUCGUACGGCGCGCCGGUGCCGUUCCCCAUGUACCACCCGGGGGCCGCGAUGGCGUACUACGCCCACGCGUCCAUGGCCGCGGGUGUUCCUUACCCGACUGCUGAAGCUGUUGCUGCCGCCGCCGCUGCGCCAGUUGUGGCAGAAGGGAAGGGCAAGGCUAAGGGCGGUGGCCUGUCUUCUGAGAAGGGCAGUUCUGCUGCGCCCUCUGGCGACGACGCUUCGCAGAGCUGUGACAGCGGCAGCGACGAGUCCUCAGACACGAGAGAUUAUGACACUGACCAAAAGGAUUCGUCUGCACCUAAGAAGAGGAAAUCUGGUAAUACCUCAGCGGAAGGUGAACCGUCUCAAGCUGCUGCUGUUCCAUAUGCUGCUGUCGAGUCACCGUAUCAGUUGAAGGGGAGGUCUGCCUCGAAGCUUCCAGUUUCUGCGCCUGGGCGGGCAGCACUUCCCAAUGCCACGCCAAAUCUGAACAUAGGGAUUGAUCUUUGGAGUGCUUCUCAAUCCUUAGCUGUGAUCCCAGUGCAGGGGGAAGCAAAUCCUGGGUUGGCCCUUGCCCGAUGUGAUGGUGUUGGUCAGCUGGAUGAGCGUGAAAUUAAGAGGGAGAGGCGAAAACAAUCUAAUAGGGAGUCUGCGAGGAGAUCAAGGUUACGCAAGCAGCAAGAGUGCGAGGAAUUAUCCAGGAAGGUUGCUGAGCUGACAACAGAGAACAACGCCCUCAGAACUGAGCUUGACCAGCUUAAGAAGGCCUGUGAAGAUAUGGAAGCACAAAAUGCACGACUAAUGGGUGAAAUGAUUCAGUCUCAGGAACCUGCUGCGGUCACAACCACACUGGGCAUGAGCAUCGCAGCGCCCAAAGUGCAGCAGCACGAUGAUGAGGGUAAGCUUCAUAAGAAGGCUAAUAAUAACAGCAACGGGAAGUACGUAGGUGGCAGCCGCAAACUGGAGGCUAACCCUAGGUGA